AACAAGGCUCUGAUUGGGAUGGCAGAGGAAAGAGAAACGGGACCAGCAGCGCUACUCAGGCGUCGAAACUCCACACUCGCUACGUUUCCGCGCCACCCUCUCAGGCGGAGCUCCUGGAAGGGUCCAGCGCUCCCUCUGCAGGCACCAUCGGUCUACACUGCUCGAUUGGCCUUUUAUGGCACUGACUGUUCUUUGAAGCUUUUGCAGCUCCUUCUAAGCCGAUUUCACCGUGUUGGAAAUGUCGGGGGUGGGGCGUAAAGGGGGCCAUCCCGUCCACAGAAAGAGUCGCUUGCAGAAAUGAUUUUAAAAAUCCCGCGUGCCAGGACGUGAGGAGAAUCCGGCAGGGAGGGACGGGAGAAUUUUCAAAGGUGCCGCUCAGUGGGAAAAUCCCUUUGUCAGAGAAUGGCCCGAGGGGCGCGGGAUGCAGCCGCGCCCACCCCGCCCCGCGUCACCGCGUCUUCCGGAAGCUCCACGCCCCUGGGUACUCGGUUUCCCCGGAUGGUUCCGGAAGAGCACGGCGCAACGGGCUGAGAGCGCAGGGCUAGCCCGGAGGCCGCUUCGGCAGCCAGGGCGGCGCGGAGGGGCAGGGCCAGAAGGAAGCGCUUUGUUCCGCGCCUACGGGCGCGCGGGAGAGGCGCGAAUCCGAGUGCCGCGCACGACCCGGGGAUUUGCACGGGCGUGCGGGGUGGGACCGCAGGAACCGAAGCUUUCGGGUCCCCGCCCCGCCCCGCCGGCGGCGGAGGCAGCGAGCGCGAGAGCCCAGCGCAGUCGCUGGGAGCCGGAGGCACCGAGACACAAAGGCAGGCGGGAUGCGGGAGCAGCUGGGGAGCAGGCAAAAGGAAAACGAAAGCCGCGCGCCCGGCCGGUGACAGGGUGAAGGCGCUGCGCAGCUCUCCCGACGCCGGCGGUACCCGUACCUCCUGGCCGAGCCUGGCGCGCCGCAGCCAUGGCCAUCGCUCACCUGGCCACGGAAUACGUGUUCUCGGAUUUCUUGCUGAAGGAGCCCACCGAGCCCAAGUUCAAGGGGCUGCGACUGGAGCUGGCAGUGGACAAGAUGGUCACGUGCAUUGCCGUGGGGCUGCCCCUGCUGCUCAUCUCGCUGGCCUUCGCGCAGGAGAUCUCGAUUGGUACACAGAUAAGCUGUUUCUCUCCAAGUUCUUUCUCCUGGCGUCAGGCUGCCUUCGUGGAUUCAUAUUGCUGGGCGGCUGUUCAGCAGAAGAACUCAUUGCAGAGCGAGUCUGGAAACCUCCCACUGUGGCUGCAUAAGUUUUUCCCCUACAUCCUGCUGCUCUUUGCGAUCCUCCUGUACCUGCCCCCGCUGUUCUGGCGUUUCGCAGCUGCUCCUCAUAUUUGCUCAGACUUGAAGUUUAUCAUGGAAGAACUUGACAAAGUUUACAACCGUGCAAUUAAGGCUGCAAAGAGUGCACGUGACCUUGACAUGAGAGAUGGAGCCUGCUCAGUUCCAGGUGUUACCGAGAACUUAGGGCAAAGUUUGUGGGAGGUAUCUGAAAGCCACUUCAAGUACCCAAUUGUGGAGCAGUACUUGAAGACAAAGAAAAAUUCUAAUAAUUUAAUCAUCAAGUACAUUAGCUGCCGCCUGCUGACACUCAUCAUUAUACUGUUAGCGUGUAUCUACCUGGGCUAUUACUUCAGCCUCUCCUCACUCUCAGACGAGUUUGUGUGCAGCAUCAAAUCAGGGAUCCUGAGAAACGACAGCACCGUGCCCGAUCAGUUUCAGUGCAAACUCAUCGCUGUGGGCAUCUUCCAGUUGCUCAGUGUCAUUAACCUUGUGGUUUAUGUCCUGCUGGCUCCCGUGGUUGUCUACACACUGUUUGUUCCAUUCCGACAGAAGACAGAUGUUCUCAAAGUGUACGAAAUCCUCCCUACUUUUGAUGUUCUGCAUUUCAAAUCUGAAGGGUACAACGAUUUGAGCCUCUACAAUCUCUUCUUGGAGGAAAAUAUAAGUGAGGUCAAGUCAUACAAGUGUCUUAAGGUACUGGAGAAUAUUAAGAGCAGUGGUCAGGGGAUCGACCCAAUGCUACUCCUGACAAACCUUGGCAUGAUCAAGAUGGAUGUUGUUGAUGGCAAAACUGCCAUGUCUGCAGAGACGAGAGAGGAGCAUGGGAACCAGACGGCAGAGCUCCAAGCUAUGAACAUAGACGGUGAAACUAAAGCAAAUAAUGGAGAGAAGAAUGCCCGACAGAGACUUCUGAAUUCUUCUUGCUGAUGAUUUUUUUUCCUUGAGCUGUAAAUCUGUGACUUCUGUGAUGUGGGAUUUAAUUUGGCUAAAGCACCCCUGUUGGUUUCACAGCUGGUUGGCAAUAAAUGGUUCUUGGUGGAGAUACUGAGCAUGUCUUAUUGAGUCCCUAAUGGAAAUUGUGAUCAACAAAAGGUUAUGGAAGAAUGGUUUAUGAACUUCCCAUAGGAAGCACCUGAGAGAUAAGUAAACUGCAGCAAGUAACUAUGUGUAAGUCCUCAUCAAAUGAAAAGCAGAAAGACAAGAACAAUUAGUCAAGAGCAGUAGCCCUGUCAGAGCCUUGGAGCAAUACCUUUCUGUACCCGUGGUGAGACAAGACCCAGAGCUACUGGAAAACAAACACUUUGAAAGAUUUGUUUUGUUUUCAUGGAAUAAUAAUAUGUCAGGAUAUAAUUUAACGUGAGUUUCUUAUGUGCCCUUAAAGAGUGUUAGACAAGAAAAGCAUUCACUGGCUAAUGAUCCAUAUGUCGACCUAUGUCCUAAGUUAGGUGUAAGGUCUGAUGUCUUGGCCCACACUCGAGCUCUCUUUACAUUGUUAGUUGUCAACUUUGGCUGAUGGAAGUCCCAUAAGGCUGAUGGAAGUCCCGUAACCACUAUUUGUUGCACUGUGCCUUGAAGGGCAGCAGGCCCAAGUACUGCUCUGACUGAAAACUGAGGUAACAAGAUGAAAUCUAAAGGAUAUUCACAGUGACUUCAAUUCAGGAAGAAUGCUUCCAAAAGAACCCAGUGGGGAAAUCUGACAUCACAGAAGACAUUAAUUCAGUCACUUUCAAAGAGUUUGUCUACAGGAUGUUUCUCUGUUAUCAAAGGCAUUUGAAACAGGAUUUUACUUAAACAGUAAUGGAACACAGGAGUAUUUAAAGUGAAGAACACUUUGCCUGAAUGUGAUCAGGGCACAUAAGUGACAUUGGCGUGCUUCAUAUGGCGUGCUUGGAGCCAGAAAAACUUAGCGGUUUAUUUUGUUUAUGUUUAAGCACAGCUUUAAAAAAUUCAUUAUCGUUUAUUCAGUGUCCGAAUUGAGGCCAUUUGGGAAGAAAAUUCUAGCACUGGCAGAGAAUUGUAGAAUAAAGAUUAAAAAUGGUUGGAUAAGACAAA